CCUGACUUCUUUCGUGAUCAUUCAUCAUGGCCGAGAAGCGCAAGCUCCCCGCUCGCGCCGGGCGCGAGCCCGCUAACAAAAAGCGCGUGUCCGAAGCCGCCGCACCUCAGUCUCAUUCGAAGAAGAAAGCCGCAACCCCUCGUGCCCCGUCUCCGCCCCCUGAGCCUGUCGAGCCGCCAUUGCCGUCAAAAAUAAAAGAGGGCGAGCCUCUACCGAUUAGGCGCACAAGACAACCAACCAACCUGUCGGACAAGGAGUACCAGUCCAUCGCUGAAAGCUCAGUACUUCUCAUAUCCCUCGAACGAUCCAAGAAGAAAUGGCUCAGUGAUGGCAUUCUGGUCCGCUACUACACAAAACCGAAGAAGACCAAACGCGAACAGAUUGAGAAACUCAACCCGCCCAAGGAAUCCAUGUCGAAGGUCGGCCUUUGUGAUGUGACAAUUGGCCCGCAUCUCUUUGACGCGAUGAUAUACACAGUCAAGGAUCCUGCGGCACCGCAACCGAUUCAAUACACUCCUCCGCAAGGACAAGGCCGAAUGGUUCACUACGGUCCCCCAGGCAACUUCCAGCAGUAUCAACCACAUCCCUCCAACCAGCAGCGCAGACCCUAUCCCACUGGCCCUCAGGGACGCCCGCAAGGCAGUUAUUCGCCUGCGCCCCGCGGUCCACAUCAACCGGGCCAUGCACCAUCACCGCAAGCUGGACAACGUCCAUCACAAAACCAACAAGGACAGCCUGCGAAGCCUAGUCCUGACCCUGUGAUCCAGAUGCUUGCCACCCGAGCUGCUGCCGAUCCCGAGCUCAAGGCGCUGAUGAGAGUUGUCGCAUCUAGCCAGGCAUCCCAAGAACAACUCCGGGCUUUCCAGGCCCACAUCGAUGAGCUGAAUGCAAUAAUCAAAGCGAGAGAGUCUUCGGAAAAGCGCCAACAAAGUUCAGCUGGGACUCCACCGCAACAGCCAGCAACUCCAGCGCCGCAAAACAAAGCAAAUCCACCAUCAAAUGCAUCCCAAUCCAAACCAGAUUCGGGCUCAAAGGCACCAGAAGAACAAAGCUCCAAGUCACAGCCUGUGGCUUCGGCGCAAACGCCAUCUAAGGACACUUUGCAAAAACCACAAGCGUCUGGAACGCCGGCAGCAGCAACGGUCAAGUCUCAGCCCGACGGAACAACACAAUCUGCAGUUCAGCCUCAGACUCCGGCACCAACUCAUACCAGCCAACCAUCCAACACCCCUCAGACCGCCGAACCCGCUAUCAAGCAAGAGCCAGCUGCAAAGGGGCCCACCAAACUCCAAUCUGCGCCCUCCCAGCCAGUGUCGACUCCCACCGCAGCAGCUGGCCCUGCCACGCCAGCUGCCACCACAGGCUCCCAGCAGAGUCCUGCGGUGCGUCCCACACCUCCAAAUGUUGCUCAGCAGCCUACACCACGGCCAGGCCCACCUUAUCCGCCCUAUCAACAACCAGCUUACGGCUCUCAGCCGCCACUCCAGUCACGUCCGCCACAAUACGGGUCACCAGCACCCUAUUACCGCCCACCUGGACCUGCACCGACUCCUGCUCGUCCAUCAUACAAAGCUGUCGUUUUUGAAUUCACUUCCCCAUUGACUCCAUAUGGAAGCGUAACCUCAGGUCAUGCUGGGUCUGGUGAUCGGUAUCUCUUCCCGGAGUAUUCAAUCCUGGAAUGGCUUCCUAAUGAGGACACCAUCCUCGCCUCAUUUCUAAUCACUCGGAAAGUGGACCCCAACGCCCCUUUCCCCAUUGAGACUGCACCAGACCCCGCCACAAGCCGUGGGAAAGGCAAAGGGACAUCAAAAUCUAAGAAAGGAGACAAGAAGGGCAAGACGGAGAAAGGGAAAGAUGGCUCUGAAACGCCGGCUCCCAACCCAGCAGGUCCAUCUGCAUCAACGGACGCUACGCCAAAAAUUGAGCCUUCUGAGAACACACCCGCACAGCCUGGCCCCCCCCGGUGCUACGAGCGAGCCUGUCAAGGAGUCACGUUCCGCAUCCAUGCCACUGAUAACCGGAUCCUUGAUCCUUUGACUCGCGUUGUCAAGCCGGCAGAUGAGGUACGCAAGUACAUGAACGAAAUUAUGGACCGUGCUGAGCGUGCUCCGGAUGGGCACUUAGCUUUCCGUCUUCCACACGAGGAUGCCCGGGAAGCCUUCGAAGCAGAGAGCACACCGGCCUCAACAAAUGCUGUUUCUGCUUCCCGCAGUCGCCCCUCUAGAGGGAGCACUGUCAAAGUGGCAGAGGAGGAAUCAGAGAUUGAGAAUGCCAUUGACCUAGAGGAAGAGGAAGAGGACCUCAUGGACUUCUACGGCGCACCAAUGGGUCUGCCACCAUCACGAGCUUGA